UCUCGUGCUCACUUGGGUCUUCCGCCACUCACGCGGCUCCCUUCUGGGUCACCCAACUCCAGAGCCAGGGGCUCCAGGGAGAGCAGAGUGCGGAUCGCCGCCGCGAGAGAGUACUUUGGCAUCAUGUGGAUCCAGGUUCGAACUAUGGAUGGGAAGGAGACCCACACCGUGAACUCUCUGUCCAGGUUGACCAAGGUGCAAGAGCUGAGGAAAAAGAUUGAGGAGCUGUUUCACGUGGAACCCCAACUGCAGAGACUCUUUUACAGGGGCAAACAGAUGGAGGACGGCCACACACUCUUCGAUUAUGAUGUGCGUCUCAAUGACACAAUCCAGCUGCUGGUGCGCCAGAGUCUGGCACUACCUCUCAGUACAAAAGAACGCGACUCGGAGCUCUCUGACUCUGAUUCUGGCUAUGGUGUGGGUCACAGUGAAUCUGACAAGUCGUCCACACAUGGUGAAGGGGCAGCUGAAGGAGAUGACAAGACUGUAUGGGAGGACACGGACCUGGGGCUGUACAAGGUUAAUGAGUACGUGGAUGUGCGUGACAAUGUCUUCGGUGCAUGGUUUGAGGCCCAGGUGGUCCAGGUACAGAAGAGAGCCCUAUCUGAGGACGAGCCCUGUAGCUCCAGUGCCAUUGUGAGCCCGGAGGACGACAUCAUGUACCAUGUCAAGUACGACGACUAUCCAGAGCAUGGAGUGGACAUUGUCAAAGCCAAGAAUGUUCGUGCUCGUGCUCGCACUAUGGUCCCGUGGGAGAACCUGGAGGUGGGUCAGGUGGUCAUGGCCAACUACAAUGUGGACUACCCCAGGAAACGCGGCUUCUGGUAUGAUGUUGAGAUCUGUAGGAAACGCCAAACCAGGACAGCACGUGAGCUCUACGGCAACAUCAGGCUCUUGAAUGAUUCUCAGCUCAACAACUGUCGGAUCGUCUUUGUGGAUGAAGUCUUCAAGAUUGAGCUCCCUAGCGAGAGGAGCCCCUUGAUCAGUAGCCCUUCGCAAUGGAAGAGCGGCCCAUCCUGCCAGUACUGCAAGGAUGAUGAGAACAAAUUAUGUCGCAAAUGCGCCUGCCAUGUGUGUGGUGGGCGAGAGGCUCCUGAGAAACAGCUGUUGUGUGAUGAGUGUGACAUGGCCUUCCACCUGUACUGCCUGCAGCCACCGCUCACCUGUGUCCCCCCUGAGCCGGAGUGGUACUGCCCCAACUGCCGAACUGACUCCAGCGAGGUGGUACAAGCAGGGGAGAAGUUGAAGAAAAGCAAGAAGAAGGCAAAGAUGGCAUCAGCCACUUCUUCCUCCCGGCGGGACUGGGGAAAGGGCAUGGCAUGUGUGGGCCGCACCACAGAGUGUACCAUUGUGCCCGCCAACCACUUUGGACCCAUUCCUGGUGUCCCUGUGGGGACCAUGUGGCGCUUCAGAGUCCAGGUCAGUGAGUCCGGGGUGCAUCGGCCGCAUGUGGCAGGCAUCCACGGCCGGAGCAACGACGGUGCCUACUCAUUGGUGCUGGCUGGUGGCUAUGAGGAUGAUGUGGACAAUGGCAAUUUCUUCACGUAUACAGGGAGUGGGGGCCGAGACCUCUCUGGCAACAAGCGUACAGCAGGACAGUCCUCUGACCAGAAGCUCACUAAUAACAAUAGGGCUCUGGCACUCAAUUGCCACUCCCCAAUCAAUGAGAAAGGUGCGGAGGCUGAAGACUGGCGCCAGGGGAAGCCAGUACGCGUGGUCCGAAACAUGAAGGGCGGGAAACAUAGCAAGUAUGCCCCUGCAGAGGGCAACCGCUACGAUGGCAUCUACAAGGUGGUGAAGUACUGGCCAGAGAGAGGGAAAUCUGGCUUCCUCGUGUGGCGCUAUCUCCUUCGACGAGAUGACACAGAACCUGAGCCCUGGACCCGGGAGGGCAAGGACCGCACUCGGCAGCUGGGGCUCACUAUGCAGUACCCUGAAGGCUACUUAGAGGCCUUGGCUAACAAGGAGAAGAACAGGAAGCGCCCGGCCAAGGCCUUGGAGCAAGGACCCUCACCUUCCAAGACAGGCAAAAGCAAGCGGAAGUCCACAGGCGCAGCCACCUCCAGCCCCCGUGUCUCUAAGAAGAGCAAGCUGGAGCCCUACACACUGCCAGAGCAGCAGGCCGACCUGAUCAAGGAGGACAAGGCCAAUGCCAAGCUGUGGGGUGACGUGCUCAGUUCUCUCCAGGACGGGCCGUACCAGAUCUUCCUGAGCAAGGUGAAGGAGGCUUUCCAAUGCAUCUGCUGCCAGGAGCUGGUGUUCCGGCCAGUCACCACCGUGUGUCAGCAUAACGUUUGUAAGGACUGCCUGGACAGGUCCUUCCGGGCCCAGGUGUUCAGCUGCCCAGCCUGUCGCUAUGAGCUGGACCACAGCUCCCCAACCCGGGUGAACCAGCCCUUGCAGACCAUUCUCAACCAGCUCUUUCCUGGCUAUGGAAGCGGCCGGUGAUGCCAAGACCCAAGCAGAGGGCCCAUGGAUCCAAGUUUAUAGUGGGUUUAGCUUGAAGGUGUUGUCCUUCCACGUCUGUCCCUGGCAACUCUUCUGCUCUGGUCACCAGUUAACCAGGCACCUACCUAUAGGAAUCCCAUGUUCUGGCUACCAGUUGGACUUCUGUUUUCUCUCUCUCUCUCUCUCUC